AAACAACUUGGAAACAUCCACGGUCACAUUGCUGGCAUCAAUUUGAUCACGUCAUCACUAGGAGAAGAGAUGUGCAAGAUAUUCAGUUGACUUGUGUACUUAGAAGUGCUGAAUGUUGGACAGACCAUCGGUUAGUGAGGUCAACCAUCGAAUUUAAAUUUGUAACCAAACGACAUUUCACUACUAUUACAGUGAAAAAAUUUGACAUAGAUCAAUUGAAUGAUCCGAGUGUUGUUGAUUGUUUUGAAAAUCAGCUCAGUAUGGAAUUGAGAGCUUCUGAUGAACCAGAGGGUACAUGGCAUACGCUCAAGAUGGCAACAAUAGAAGCAGCAAAGAAAGCAAUAGGGUACAAAAAGAAUAAGAGAACAGACUGGUUUGACAGCAACAAUGAUGAAAUACAAGAUCUGCUAAGAAAGAAGCAUGAUGUUUUUGCGAAAGUACAACAAAAUCCACGAUUUCUCACACUCAACAAGAUCUUUCAAGAACUGAAAAGGAUAACUCGGCACAAAUUACGACAUCUACGAGAUCAGUGGUGGGGAGAUCGAGCAAAUCAUCUACGACGUUUGGCAGAUAGAAAUGACAGAUGGUUUGAUGGUGACCUAAAAAAGGUUAUUGGUCCAAGUGUUAUGUGUUCUGCAUCACUUUGCGGUGAGGAUGGUCAAUUACUAACAGACAAAUCAGAAAUUCUUGCUCUGGAAGCGUCGCUUUUGCCCCCUACUCAACAGGAAUACCAUGGUUGAUACAUCGGCUCUAGACAUGAUUUCACAGCAAUCACUUCAUAAAGACACGAAUGAAGCACCAACACACCUGAAGAAGUAUUUUCUGCAAUCAAAUCUCUAAAACUUUGGAAAAUCUGCUGGUCUUGAUGGUCUUGCAGCUGAGUUUUAUCAAAGAGGAGGUGAUACUCUUACAGAGGGAAUUGUCAAGGUCAUUUUCCACAUUUGAGAUACAGAAAUUGUACUAAAGGACCUGAAAGAUGCCCAAAUAAUCACAAUCUACAAGAGAAAGGGUGACAAAAGUGACUGUGGAAACUGGCGUGGAAUCUCAUUAUUGUGAAUAGACUGGUAGACUCAAAAGCAGAAGAAUCUCUUUCUGAGUCAUAAUGUGGCUUCCGCAAACGGAAGAAACACCACAGACAUGGUAUUUACCCUGAGACAGUUACAAGAAAAAUGCAAGGAGCAACAUAAACCAUUCUACAUGGUCUUUAUAGACUUGACAAUAGCUUUGAUUCAGUUAUUCGAGAGGCAAUGUGGAAAAUCUUGACAAAAUUGGGCUGCUCACCCAAAUUUGUAAAUUUAGUGAGACAUCUACAUGAAGGAAUGAAUGCAGAAGUCAUAUCUGAAGGUGAAAAUGAGAGAGCUUUGUUAUGCAACUGGAGUAAAGCAGGGCUGCAUACUGUCACCCACUCUGUUUGCUCUGAAAAUAGAGGAGUGGUCUCAAUUCAAUAUUGUAUGGUUGGUGGUUUAUUCAAUCUUUGCAGACUUCCUGUAACCACAAAAUUAAGAGAUCUGCUUUUUGCAGAUGACUGUGCUCUUGUAGCACUUUCUGCAGAUGAUAUGCAAGAAAUUGUAAACUCUUGCAAAUGCAGCUAUCAGUUUUGGAUUACAAAUAGAUAUCAUGAAAACGGAGUGCAAGUUUCAGCCGAUUCCUGGUACAUGUACAGUAAAUGCUGGCAAGGACACUUUUGUGAAUGGUGAAGCACUAAAGAGGGUAUCCUCUUUCUCUUACCUUGGCAGUGUUCCUUCAGAGGAUUGUAGUGUUGAUAGGACAUUGCUGCACGUCUGCAAAAAGCAAAUAGAGCGUAUGGCGCACUUCAAUCAAGAUUAUGGAGUCAACAAGGAAUAAGAAUAGAGACUAAAGUCAAAGUUUACGAAGCAGUUGUUCUUGCAACUCUUCUUUAUGGAUCACAAACGUGGACGCUAUAUAGAAGAAAUAUUCAGGAUCUAGAAAUAUUUUAUCUUAUAAACCUGCAGUUGCUUUUGUUCAAUCAUAGUCCGCACUUUUCAAUCUCUUGUAAUACCUUGCUCAAGCUAUCCAGGUGCUUUGAUUGUUCUUGUUACGUACUGGUAUAUCAUCUAAAUAGAUAGCUACUUCUGGAAUUGCUAUGAAAUACCAGGAGCAGAUGAUACUCUAAAUGUUAGCCUAUUAUAUUGGUAUAAGCCUUGAUGUAGUGAUUACCACAUACUUC